AUUCUGACCAUCACGAUACGAGAAGUCCCUUUGGCCAAUAUUGUACUCUGACCCACUCUCGCGCCAAGUCCUACUACACCAUGCCUCCCUGGACCCGCCUCAUCCGCUUCGUAGCGGCAGAAGAUCAUCAAAUCUACACCGGCCAGCCACUAGACGACUCCCUCGACAUCGGGCAAGCCUACUCCUCUGGUCAGCCCAUCAAAGCCCGUCUCCUCUCCGCCCCCUCCCUCUUGGACGAUCCCCUGCACGCCACCCUCUCGGAUCAAGUACGAACAGUCAAAGCCCUCCUCCCUCCUCUGGACCCACAGCGCGUAGGCACAAUCCGGGCGCUAGGGGCCAACUUUGUACAGCCUGGACAAAACGAGGUGGAGGCAAAGAAGAAUCGACCACCUAUUCCUAUUCUCUUUUACAAGCCCGCUACAGCUCUAGGUGGACCUGAAGGGGAGAUUGUUGUGCCGCUCGUGGCAAGAGAGGGAGGAGUGGAUCAAGCUGACUAUGAAGUUGAGCUGGGUGUCGUCCUCUCUCGUCCCACAAAGGACAUUACUGCCUCCGAAGCCUCCGCACACAUCCUCGCCUACACCCUCACCAACGACGUCUCCUUCCGCAAGCGCAUGUUUGCCGUUCCCCAAUGGGGCCUAGGCAAAUCCUUCGAUGGGUCACUCCCCAUAGGACCCGUUCUAGUUCAUCCUUCCCUCAUUCCCAACCCAGAAGACGUGAGACUCAAAACAGAGGUGAAUGGAAAGACGGUGCAAGAGGGGAGUACAAGUCAGCAUCUAUGGAAGGUAUUUGAGACGGUGGCGCAGUUGAGUCAAGGGACGACACUGCCUGCAGGCACGCUCAUCUCCAUGGGCACGCCUCCCGGGGAAGGGUUCAAGCAGAACCCACCCAGGUGGCUCAAGCAUGGAGAUCUGGUCGUGGUCAGUGGAGACAAGGGACUUGGAUCGCUACGAAAUUGGGUGCGCGAAGAGGGUGUGCAGACGGCAGUCAAGGCCAAGCUGUAGUGAGGCCUCCUUGUGAGGCAGUGCAAAGGGUAUGAGAAUGAUAUGAAUGUGCACCACUUGGGGGCAUGUGUACAGCAAAAGACAGAUUGUAGCGUGGUAUAUUGUGAUUUUGUCCGUAUCCGUUCCAUGGUCGCCGCAAUCCCUGCUC